UGAGUUGCUGCAAUUUCUGCAGCCGCCGUUGUUGCUGUAAUUGUAACUGCAACUGUUGUUGCUGCCGCCGUUGCCGCCGUUGCCGCCGGUGUGAGGACCUGCCGAGCACGCUGUGUUCUGGCGCCGGACUGAGCACGCGCCACCCCCCCUCAUCCACUGCUGUGCGUCCAUCGGACACCUUUCGGCUUCGACUAUAUAACAGCGAAGGUUUUUAUUUAAAUGAAAAAGAACGGAGCUUUUCUGUCCGAAUCAACGAUGCCGGCAGGGAGCCAAGAAUCUGAAUGUACUCUGAGUUAUCAGCAGAGGCAUGAUGAAGAGGCUGUGGUUGACCAAGGUGGAACAAGUUCAGUUCUCAACAUUCACUAUGAAAAAGAAGAGCUAGAAGGGCAUAGGACCUUGUAUGUUGGAGUGCGUAUGCCUUUGGGCAGACAGAGUCACCGACACCACAGGACCCAUGGAUCAAAGCACAAGAAGCGAGAUAGAGCAAAAGAUGCCAUCCAAGAGGAAGAAAAGGACAAUCUCCCUUGUGACACCCCUUCUCAGAGAGUUCAGUUUAUUCUGGGAACUGAAGAUGAUGAAGAUCAUGUUCCACAUGAACUCUUCACAGAGCUGGAUGAAAUCUGCCAGCGAGGGGGUGAAGAUGCUGAGUGGAAGGAGACGGCCAGGUGGUUGAAGUUUGAGGAAGAUGUUGAGGACGGUGGAGACCGCUGGAGUAAACCAUAUGUUGCCACGUUGUCAUUGCACAGCCUGUUUGAGUUGCGGAGCUGCAUCAUUAAUGGAACAAUCUUGCUGGACAUGCAAGCAAACAGCAUUCAAGAGAUUUCAAAUAUGGUUCUUGAUCAUCAGGAAGCAUCCAUGGAGCUGGAUGAAAACAUUCGUAUGAAAGUGCGUGAAGUUCUUCUGAAAAAACAUCACCAUCAAAUUGAGAAGAGGAAUAAUCUCAUUCCAAUUGUCAGGUCUUUUGCAGAGGUUGGGAAAAAGCAAUCUGAACCUCAUUCCAUGGACAAAGCUAGUCAAAUGUUAUCCCCACUGUCCCUUUCAACUCAUCUUGACAUUAAGAAUGGAAUCAACCAUGACACUGCAAAUGUUGAGUCGAGCAAGUUUGAUCUCCACUUCAUGAAGAAGAUACCUAUUGGUGCCGAAGCCUCCAAUGUCCUGGUUGGUGAGCUCGAUUUUCUCAACAGGCCAAUUGUGGCAUUUGUACGUCUCUCUCCAGCUGUCCUUCUCUCAGGACUUACUGAAGUCCCAAUACCGACCAGGUUCAUUUUCAUAUUGCUCGGACCAGUUGGAAAGGCACAGCAAUACCAUGAGAUUGGGAGAUCUAUGGCCACUAUAAUGACUGAUGAGAUUUUUCAUGAUGUAGCCUACAAAGCAAAGGAUCGCAGUGAUCUUCUUGCUGGAAUUGAUGAAUUUCUUGAUCAGGUGACUGUUCUCCCCCCUGGUGAAUGGGACCCCUCCAUCCGAAUUGAACCGCCAAAAAACGUUCCAUCUCAGGAGAAACGGAAGCAACCAGGGAUCCCAAAUGGUAAUGCAUUCCACGUUGAGCACGAACCACAAGUGGGCCACACUGGUCCUGAACUGCAGCACACAGGAAGGCCGUUUGGGGGUUUGAUCCUUGACAUUAAGCGGAAGCUGCCUUGUUUCUGGAGUGACUUCAGGGAUGCCUUUAACUUGCAGUGUGUGGCAUCCUUCCUGUUCCUGUACUGUGCCUGCAUGUCCCCUGUUAUCACAUUUGGUGGCCUCUUGGGAGAAGCAACAGAUGGAUGCAUAAGCGCGAUCGAGUCCUUGUUUGGGGCAUCUAUGACUGGAAUUGCUUAUUCUAUCUUUGCUGGGCAACCUCUCACUAUAUUGGGCAGUACAGGUCCUGUGCUAGUGUUUGAAAAGAUUUUGUACAAAUUCUGCAAGGACUAUAACUUAUCCUACCUUUCUUUGAGAACGACUAUUGGACUCUGGACAUCAUUCAUGUGUAUCUUGCUUGUUGCCACAGAUGCAAGCUCUCUUGUCUGUUACAUAACUCGAUUUACAGAGGAGGCAUUUGCCUCUCUCAUCUGUAUUAUUUUCAUCUAUGAAGCUCUGGAAAAGCUGAUCCAUUUGGGAGAAAUCUACUCUUUCAAUAUGCAUUCAGAUCUGGACCAGCUUACUCAAUACUUCUGUGUAUGCGCAGAGCCUCAUAAUCCUAACAACAGAACUAUGGUGUACUGGGAGAUGCAAAAUAUUACAAAAUCAUCGGUCCCUUGGGCAAAUCUGACUGUCAGUGACUGCAGGACAUUUCACGGUGAAUUUGUUGGCCCUUCGUGUGGACCUCAUGGACCACACACCCCAGAUGUCCUCUUCUGGUCUGUAAUACUAUUCUUUUCUACAUUUACCCUAUCAGGGUUCCUCAAACAGUUUAAAACAAGUCACUAUUUCCCAACUAAGGUGCGAUCAAUGAUAAGUGAUUUUGCUGUUUUCCUGACCAUCUUCUUCAUGGUUCUUAUUGACUAUGUCCUGGGAAUACCAUCACCAAAGCUUCAAGUUCCCAGCAUCUUUAAGCCAACAAGAGAUGAUCGAGGAUGGCUAAUUAGUCCCAUCGGCCCAAAUCCCUGGUGGACUGUCAUUGCUGCCAUUAUCCCAGCUCUACUCUGUACUAUUCUUAUUUUCAUGGACCAACAGAUCACUGCUGUCAUAAUAAAUAGGAAGGAACACAAGCUGAAAAAAGGAUGCGGCUAUCACCUUGACCUCCUGAUAGUGGCUGUAAUGUUGGGUGUGUGUUCAAUCAUGGGCCUGCCAUGGUUUGUCGCAGCAACUGUUCUCUCCAUCUCUCACGUGAACAGUCUGAAGCUGGAAUCAGAAUGUUCAGCUCCUGGUGAACAGCCAAAAUUCCUCGGUAUUCGAGAACAACGUGUCACCGGUCUGAUGAUCUUCGUUCUCAUGGGCUGCUCGGUCUUUAUGACGACUUUCUUAAGGUUCAUUCCAAUGCCUGUACUUUACGGAGUCUUUCUUUACAUGGGGGUUUCAUCGCUGAAAGGAAUUCAGUUCUUUGAUCGUCUGCAACUAUUUGCGAUGCCAGCCAAGCACCAGCCAGAUUUUAUCUACCUGCGUCAUGUGCCGCUGCGCAAAGUUCACCUUUUUACACUCAUACAGCUCACCUGUCUAAUCCUGCUCUGGGUCAUCAAAGCAUCACCUGCUGCUAUUGUCUUUCCUAUGAUGGUAUUAGCUCUAGUUUUUGUUAGAAAAUUGAUGGACCUUUGCUUUCUGAAGCGCGAGCUAAGCUGGCUUGAUGAUUUAAUGCCUGAAAGUAAGAAGAAAAAAAUAGAUGAUGCCAAAAAAGUCAAGGAAGAUGGGGAAUCGGAGAAAAUGUUGGAUCCAGGGGACAGUGGUGUGCAGCUGCCAAUGGAAAGUAGAAAACUGCUUCAGAGUCCAGUAAAGAGUAAUAUUUAUAGGUGUGAUCCAUCUGAAAUUAAUAUAUCUGAUGAAAUGUCCAGAUCUACUGUUUGGAAGGCACUUAACAUGAAUACAGGGAGCAACAGAACUAAGGAUAACACAACUUCAAAAAGCAGUUCCAUUGAAAAACCAAUGUAAAAUGAUGGUACCUUGAAUCAGGAUUAAAUCCAAACCUUGACAAAGAGGGAUGAAGUUGUAAUUGACUCAGGGAAGAGCCAAAAUAGAAAGACUUGCAAUUGGAUAUUCGCAAUACUUCAUGGAAGAUCCUUGGAAACAAACAAAUUGAAGGCAGCACAUUGUCCUUUUAAGUACUCCGAACCCCAAUAAGGCCUUUCAAAGAAAAGUCCAACAUUUUAAAUUUAAUUUUAAUUUUGAUUUUUUUUUGUUGCAAUUAGAUUGGCCAGAAGUUAAUACAAGUUUAAAUUCUUGGAAGAAAAUCAGUGUAAUUUUGCAUAUUUAAAAAAAUUUCAGUUUUGUAAUACAAAGCCUGAUUGACAAAACGUAACCUUUGAAAGGUUUUCAUCUCUAACCAGCAUAUAAUUUGAGAUGUUUGAUAUAUAGAUUGAAAUAAUUAAUUAGGUUUGUUAUGUACUGUAUCACAAUUAUUGUGAUUAUUAGUGCUGUUUAAUGAUUUCUACACUUCAAUAUGUUUUCAUGUCUCUGCAUGAAAGAAUGCUGACUAUCAAAUAUGUUUACAUGUAUCUUGAUCACUAAAUGUUACCGUACAAAGUAAUAAAGCAACUUGCUGUGCAAUAUACUGUACAAACUAAAAUCACUACUAACAUACCACAUGGCCAGUUAUUUUAAAAAUGUUCUCUACUUCCUUACUAAUAGUUUUGAGAGGCCUUUGUCAUUUGUACCCCUCAUCAGCCUGCUAGCAGUAAUAUUCCUAUUAAGACCCUUGAGGAGGGGGCGCAAAACACAUGGUUACCAAUUGCAUGACUUUACGAUGAUAAGCAAAAUAUUUUUCUCCAGUUAUAAGUAAUUUGCAGGAGGGAAUAAUUAUUUGAAAUCCUAAAAUGCUGCAAUUAUAUUUAGAAAUUAUCUAAAUAGAAAAGAGCAAAACACAAAGUGCUGGAGGAACUCAGAUGUUCAGGCACUAUUUAUGAAGGGAAUGGACAUACGAUGUUUCGGGUCGAGACCCUUCUUGAAACUAAUUCUGUUUUGCCCUAGAUUCCAACAUCUGUAGUUCCUCGUCUCUAAUUAGAAAAUAAUCUUUUCCAAAAUUUACUUGCAAAGAUAUGCUAAAUGAAAUGCAAAAUCAUGAAAUGCAUCUUAUCUUGUAUGUUGAUUUGAGCUGCUUCCACCAAAAGCAUGUAUAAAGUCUCCCAAGGACUUACCAAUUAAAAUUGCUAGCAAACAUUGCCACUGACAAUUUUAUUAACUGUUUCUUAAAUCAGUUCUUUCGAGUAGAUGGAAGAUUUAGUGCAAUAAUAUAGCAAUGCACAAAGCAUUUUUAUUUAUACUUAGUGCUGUGGAAUAGUACCAGUAAAUCAUUAAAUAGAAUAAACUUUAAAACGUACAUUCCACCCUUUGCCAUUUGUUUGGAUGUGGUCCUUGGGUAAGUGUCAUGACUGUAAUUCAAUCCAAACAAAAUAGUUGAAUAAAUUGUGGCUAAUCAUGAAGCGGCUGCUGAAUACUAAUAUCCACAGCAAACUGAGGUGGUUUAUUCGUUUGGAUUACUGUAUAUCCCUGAACUCCGAAAGCGAACAUGCUGAUGUCUGAAUGUGUUUUUAAAGGGGAAUGGGGGAGGAGGAGGAGGGAGGAUGAAAUGAUGAUGCUUUGGUGCAAGUUAGCUUUUUUCUGCUCCUCAAGGUACCAUUCAUCAGGCCUAACCAAUGCCUGAUAUAUUGCAAUCGUCCUCCGAUUGAUCUUAUAACUUUUAAAACCUGUGCUGAUUGCAGGCUGUUGAGGGCACCGGCAAUAAAAUAAACCAAUCUCUCCGUUCUGAUGGUGUAACUCAUUAUCUCACAUACUUCAGUUCACACCUGCAGAAUUCAUUGCUGUUCUGUCACACAUGUAGGACAUUUGUUUUUGUCUGAUUUCCUGGAGAAACACUGCUAACCAAGCAAGCAAUUGUCAUGAUUUUAUGAUUUUGAAUGUAAUACAUACCAAAAUAAAAUAAAAAUAUAUCCUUACUGAAUUUAAGAAAAAGUGCAGGCACAAAUUUUUAAUAUAGCUUCUUUCUAGUGAACUGCAUGUAGAAAUAGAGACUCAUUAUUUUAUUUGGAGAAACUUAAAGAAAUAUAUUAAUAGAUUAUUUUGUUGCAGAAAACCUAUAGUCUUAUGAUACUUAUAAUGUAAAUAAGUACAAGCAGCAAUCUGAUUCACCUGGUCCACCAAAUGGCAGUAUGUUGGCUUAAUUCUGAAGGAUGAGCUAAUAACUGAAUUAAACAACAUGACCAUAGAUCCCUUGAACUAAGAAGUAGAAAUGUAGAAUAAAAGCCAAUGUGGCUUCUAUUUUAGUGAAGUUCAUUUUUUUUCCUCUUUCGUCCUGGGAUUUAGAUGUGAAGACCCAGGUUAUAUCUUUAAGUGCAGUAAUGUGUUUACUGAUUCGGUUCAAGGUGAGUUGUUAAAGCUAUUUGUUAUACUGGAGGAAUUGUGUAAAAGUGCUGUAUGGUCAGGUAAUGCUGUUGUUUAUCUUGUCCUUUGUUGUACACUUGUAGUGAAAAUAGAGAAACAGAUAAAGUAAGUGUACUAAACUGUAACAUGAACUGUAUCUUUUUAAGGAGACAACAUUCCUCAUUUAAAUCGGUCUGCAUUUUGCAAGAGGUUAGAAACGUUUUUUUUUUUGGUUGGUCUGUAGUAUGUAUCAAUAAAUGGAAACAUUUUUAUUUCUGUUCAAAAUAUUAUGGCGUCUUACUAAUGUGUGUAUUAUCAUAAAGUGCAGCCUCUUUAGACUAAUAGCAGGAAUUCUGUCGACUUAAAUGCUGAAAAUGUGAAUGGGGAAAAUUGUAAUUUAUUUCUAUAAGGAAAUAAAAGUGAUUAAAAUGCAA